UUUUUUUUUUAAUUUUAUUUUAAUUUUAUUUAAUUUUAUUUUGUUCUUCUUCCUUUAUAUAACAUGUUUACUACAUCAUCAAUUUCUUUAAAUAAUAUUGGACAACAACAAGACAAUCUAACAUCUCCUAAACUUUAACUUUAUGGUCUUCUGGUGAAGUAACUAAUAAUCAGGUGUAUAAUGAAUAUAAUUCGUUAGAAAGUUAUUUUGCAAGUGCAAUAAAAGCAUUUGAAAGUGCCUCAUUAUCGAUGGAUGAUAUGCUUUAUUUGCCUGAUGAUUUAUAUAGUUGUUUAAAAGAUACAGUGAGUAAAGAACCUUCUCCAAGUAUAUUAGAACAUCAUUUACCUGCUAUUCGAGAUGUUAUCUUGAAAUUAUUACAAGGAUUAAAAAGAAAACAAUCUUUACUAAGAGAACGUUUUGAACCUACUACAAAUUCAAACAUAUCAUCUCUUACUCAACAACAACAACAACAACCAUUAGAUAUAACCGUACAAAAAAAUAUAGUAUCACCUAUUAUACCCUUACCUUCACCCUCUGCUUCUUUUACUACUGCUACUACUGCUACUGCUGCUACCACUACUACUACUACUGCUACUACUACUACUACUGAACCCUUAUCACAUUUAUUUGAAGGGAAAAGAAAUUCUGUUCCACAGUCACCUAUUUCACCUAUUCGUAACAGUAGUAGUACAUCCUCUUCUAUUGAUGAAGUAGAUCUAGAUGAUCCUUCUACAAAAGAUGCUAUGUCUAAACUUGCAUUACAAGGUAAUUUAGCUAAUCGCUCUUCUGUACGAAGAACAUCUUAUUAUCCAUCUUAUGAACAUAUUCCAUUGAAUCCUGAGAUAAUGGAUAUUUAUUUAAAAAAGGGGGCUCAUGUCAAGAAAUCCUUUAUUCAUCAAAAAGAUGUAUCUUUACAUGAAAUACGACAAUUAUUCUAUAAAUCAUUUAACCUUGAUUCAAAUAAUACGACCUUUAUUUAUAUCUUGGAUCCUAUCUCUAAUAUUGAAUAUGAAUUAGAAGAUAUAUCUGAUAUCAAGCCUUAUUCUAUCUUAAUCAUGAAAGAAAAUGAGGACAAUGACUUUCAUUCUUUAGAUCCUUCCAUGACAAAAAAAUUGGAAAUUUUAUUUAAAGAUGUAAUGCAACAAGUGAUAGAAAAUAUUGCAAAUAAAAAACCACGAAUGAGUGAUGAGACGACGAUUAGAAAGGAAUUAAAUACAUUACGUCAUGAACUUGCAAAUGUGCGUCAAAUAUAUGAAGAGUACAAAAAGGAAACGGAAAAAGUGAUUGAUGAACUAAAAGAAAAGAGUACAAAAGUGACGAGUACAAAAUCACUUGUCGUCAUGCUGGAUGAAAGGACUCGUGCAGAGAUGAAUGAAAGUAGAGAAGUAACACAAAAGGCUGCCAUGUUGAUUACAAACCGACUUGAGGAAUUACAAGAUAUGAUUGAUCAACUUAAAAUUGAUGUCACACAGCGUCGUCGUCGUCCACCUAAAAAUCAGCUUCAUUAUUGUCAAGAAGAAUCUAAAAAAUUAGAGAUCGAAAUGAAUGAACUUCAGCAACGUAUUAAAGAAUUUAAACCUAUUUGGAAAAAGACAUGGGAAGUAGAAUUACAACGUAUUGUAAAGGAACAGCAAUUCCUCAAAGAACAAGAAGCCCUUUUAACAGAUUUGAAAGAUGAUCGUAAUGCCUUACUUCAAGUCCUUGAACAACUUGAGAAAAUUUCUGAAAUUCAUGAACGCAAGAAACAGUUAGGACGUGAAUAUAGAAUGAUACCAUCUACAGUAGAUGAAGAAGGUGGUAUGGCGGGUGUAAUGAAACAAGUCUCUACCAUUCAUGUAGAUCAUUCUCGUCGUGUAAAGGCAUUAGCUGAAGCAGAAAAAUUACGUGCUAAAGAAUUAUCACAAAGAAUUGAUGCGUUUGAAAGAGAAUUAACAGGUUUUGUUGAAUUAAGAAAAUUAAAAAAGACAGGUGGUGCAGAGGCUAUUGAAAAGCAAAGACAAGAAAAGGAUAAAGCGCUUAUUAAACAAAUAUUCGUAAAUGAUGUAACCCAAAAUAAUAAUUCACUACCUGUGAUGAAAGAAAAUAAUGGGAAUGAAUAUUCUUUGACUCCUAUUCCUGAAGAAGAUCAAAAUAAAGUAUGUUCAUAAAGCCUUGAAUUAUAGCUCUUUAUCCCACAUGUUGUGUAACAGAUCCUGAAAGUAAGAAUUAUCUUUAUGACGUUAUUUGCUUUAUAAAAAUAAUAAUAUAAAUCGGAUAAAGAAGCUUUUUGUCUUUUCUCCUUUUUUUUUUCUUUUUUUCUGUUUUUCUGUUUUUCUAUUAGUUUUCUUAAUAUGCAUUU